ACCAGCUUCUUUCUCAUUGGCCUCCACGCUACACGCGUGGCUCAAUAUACAUCGCAUCUCUAUCUUCUUACAACUAACUCCCCAGUCUCUCUCACUCUCAAUCUUUGCCCCAAGAUGCCGCCACUUGUCUUUCCAAAAUGCCUGACAAAAGCUUCACAAUUUCUUCUUACCUCCCUCAAUUUUAUUACAUUCUUGUUUCUUGAUUUUCUCGACUUUAUACUCUGCAUUUACUUUUAUUACAUUGAUGGGUUCUUGGAAGGAAAAUCAAGCCCUUGUUAUUGUAGAACUGGGAGUGAAGACAAGAAGUGUGAUACUGAGGUUUCUGAGACUUUGUACAUGAGAAGAAAUGUGUUUAGGAAGCUGAGGUUUGUUCGAAAAUUUGAGAAUUUGAAGGAGAAUGGGAAUGGUGUUGUGGGGAAUAGAUGGUCUGAUUGUGGGUGUGAGUCUUGUGUGGCUUGGAUGAUGAAUGCUCAUCAGAGGCUUUUUGUUGCUGUUAGUGAAACAUCAUCUCAAGCCAGCCUAGAACAGGUCCAUGCAAAGCCUGCUGAAGAUGUACUGUUCUUGCAUGGAUUCCUCUCAUCUUCAGCAUUUUGGACAAGAUCUGUCUUUCCAGCAUUUACUGAAUCUGUAAAGGAUAACUACAGAUUAUUUGCAAUGGACCUGUUGGGAUUUGGAAGAAGCCCCAAGCCAAGGGAUUGCCUAUAUACUUUGAGGAAUCACUUGGAGAUGAUUGAAGAAUCGGUUAUCCAUCCAUUCCAGUUGAAGUCUUUCCAUUUAGUUGCACACUCCAUGGGCUGUGUACUUGCACUAGCAUUAGCUGCCAAGUACCCAGACACUGUGAAAUCAGUCACUCUAGUAGCUCCUCCCUACUUCCCAUCUUCAAGUACCGAUGCUGGCACAAUAGCGCUUAAAAGACUGGCUGGAAAGAGUUUAUGGCCACCCAUUUUAUUUGGUUCAUCUGUAAUGACCUGGUACGAGCACUUGGGCAGAUGUGUCUGUUUCUUUAUCUGCCGGAACCACAGAACAUGGGAAAAGAUUGUAAAGCUAUUUACUCGCAAAAGGGAUCUGCUUCUUACCCUUAAUACUAUAACACAACACACACAUCAUUCAGCUUGGCAUUCAAUGCACAAUGUGAUAUGUGGAGGAGCAAAAUAUAUGGAUGAAUAUUUGGAAACAGUAAGGAAAUCAGGAGUAAAAGUUAGUGUUAUUCAGGGCUCUCAGGACCAGGUAGUCCCCUUGGAAUGCAGCAAUAAUAUCAAGACUAAAGUCCCAGAUGCCGAAGUCAGAGUAAUUGCAGAUGAGGAUCAUGGUAGUGUAAUUUUAGGUAGACCGGAAGAUUUUGCUAGGGAUCUGAAACUUAUAUGGGCAUCAACAGCAGAUGCAAGAGUGCAAGGUGUAUGAUUUCAAGUAACAAAUUAAAUUCAAACUUGCUAUUAAAAAAACUUGAAAGCUAUGUUGCUGAUCUAGAAUAUGAAUACUUUGGUGAAAGUAAGUCUAACAAUGUAUUAACUCAUUUUAAUAUAUAAUAUGAAAAAUAGAUUAUAGUAA